AUGCUUACCAUUCCUCUCCACUUGGAUGAAUCCUCAAGUUACGAUCAAAUUAGUUCCUGUAGUAGUGUUCCAGAAAGCACAAACCAAACAAGUCACGACCCACAACAAUACAAGAAUCAAAAAUUGCCUCAACUCCCACCUCAUCUCCAACUCUCCAACAAUACCUCUCGAUCACCAACUAUAACAGUCACCACCAACAAUACUAACCAAUCGAUAUCAGCUAACGACAACUCUUCAUCACUAAGCGACACCACUUCCACAACCGUCAGCAGUGCGACGACAUCAACUUGUAUUAAUAAUCAACCAUUAAAAAUGCCUCAAAGUAGCCCCUCACCAAACCUGCAGGUUUCUCCAUUGUCCUCUCCAUCGAAUUCUGUUGCUGCUGAUCAUGGCUAUCUUGGAUAUAGUGGGAAGGCCUACAUUUUAGUGGAGAAGAAAUCUGUAAAUACUAACGAAGGAAUGCAUAUGGUAAAGUGUAGUUUACGGUUGAAGGAAGGAAAGAGUUUGUUGAUUAAAAAACAAUCGGAACAUACUUUAACAUUUAAAAUUACACCAUUUACAUGUGCUAAAUAUACACCUAUAUCGAGUGGAUCUAAUCAAUCAGUGAAUUCUAGAGUGCUGGUCACAGUUGCAGAGCUUUCUUCUAGUUCAUUGGGCGAUAAAUCAAAUAAUACUGUUGUUGGAAAUAAUUCAACAAUAUCGAGUCAACCAACAUCUGCCAAACAAGCAAAACAAUCCUACUUUGUACCAGAGUUACAAUUUAUUUUCGGAUCUUUAGAGUAA